AUGACGGCACUCAAGUCGUUAACGGCAGCACCAAAGGUCUCUAGAACCAGUCAAGGCUCUUUUAGGAAACCCCGCCCCCGUGCCCUCGGGCUCCCCCGGUUCAGAGGAAAAAUCUCUGCAACCGUUCCACCAGACCAAAGUAACAGCCCUCGCUCUUUGCCAAUAGGCCCAAGCCUGCCUAAAACACUAAAAGGAAAAAGUGGAAGACAGGGGAAAAAAGUCAUCCAUCCAUAUAGUAGAAAAGCAGGUCAAAUUACAAGAGAGGCUCACAAACAAGGAAGAAAGGAAAAAUUGAAGAAUGAAAAAGCUUUGCGUCUCAACAUUAUUGGUGAAAAACUGCAGUGGUUUCAAAAUCAUCUUGAACCCAAAAAAGUAGAGUAUUCAAAGAAAGACGCUUGUGAAUUAAUUGAAAGUUAUUUAAAUCGAUUCAAAAAUGAGUUGGAGCAGAUUGAGUUACAUAAUAGCAUCAAAGACAGACAGGGAAGGCGACACUGUUCCCGGGAGAUAGUUAUCAAGCAGACGAUGGAACGUGAGCGACAGCAGUAUGAAGGAUAUGGACUUGAGAUUCCAGACAUUGUAGAUAGAAAUAAUCUGAAAACUUUCAGGGAAUGGGAUUUUGAUCUGAAGAAAUUGCCUAACAUUAAAAUGAGAAAAAUCUGUGCUAAUGAUGCAAUUCCCAAGAAGUGCAAGAAGAAAAAUAUUACAAACCGUAGACAAAGCUUUAGGAGAAUUGGAACUAAAAGCGGAAUCCAGUGACUCUGAUGAGGAAAUGACUCCAGUAACCUAAUUGACUUUCAUUGAACUGAGGAUGCAUCAUUUGAGAGUUCAAGUUA